UUGCCUUUAACGAAUUCACUAUACCAGAAAUAAUAAUUGUUUACAUAUGUAUACUGUACACUAUAUUAUUAGUUAAAAUAUAAUUUUAAUUACAACAUAAUAAUAAUUUUUAAAAUAUUUGAAAAAAAAAUGAAUUCGAUAAUAGUUCCCGAAAAUUUACCAGAAAUAUUAAAAAAAUAUGUGAAAGCCGCGAUCCGAUCUCAGCCUGAAGACAUUGUAAGUUGGUCUGCGGAGUAUUUCAAAAGCACAGAUGAUCAAUACGUUUCUUUGGGUGCCCACAAUAAUAUUAUCACUAUUACUAAAAAUCAAGAUCGAACUCUAUUUAGAAUAUUAGCUUUUCAAUUAGGUACCACAAUAGGCACUAAAGAAAGAAUAGAAGAAGUGUGGUCGGACUUAUCACUCGAUUUCGAUCUAUUAGAACAAAUUUAUACGAUUGGGAAUUUCCGUGCAGAACAUGUGGACAUGAUAGAAUUUUUGGGCAUAACUUUUGGACAUUGGACAAAAUCACUAAAAGAAACCAUGUUAUUGUGCUGCGAAGCUUUCUGCAAAUGUUUGGCCAAUGACGGUUAUUUCAUGCACGUGGAUGUCGCCUGUAAGCUUUAUAGGUACCUAGCGAAAUUGGAUUGUUCACUUCUUGCUGAUGACAAUUGCACAGGUCUGUCGUUUAGAUCCUAUAUGGUAUGAUUUAUAAUUAUUAGCUAGAAUUUUGUUAGUUCUUAUACAUGAUUAUGUGAAACUCUUCAUGAGUGGAAAAAAGGUGAGAUAGUUCAUUUGAUUUUUUUCCAACAUUUGUUACACCCUCGUUUUAUACAUUUUCAUAUGAAAUAGUUAGUGUUAGUAACAACUUACUAUUAACUAUAACGAGAUAAAAAUACACCACAAUUCUUCUAGUCUGUUUUUCGAUAAAUAUGUGUGCGUGCGAGUGAGUAAUGAGUAUAAAAACGG